AUUCUUAGAUUUCUUUUCAAACAUAUCUUAAUUCUAUUCCGAUGUCAUCCAGGGAGAUCAUUUCCUUCAUUUUCACGAACUUGAGCGAACUUGUAUUUUUUAUAUUCGAUCUCGCAUGCAUUUGAAAAAAUGUUGUAUAUUCGUAAAAGUUCGUCAAUGAUAUUCCGAGCCGUUGACACGUUCAUUGAGUAGAUGCGUCGAAGAUGAAGCAUUGACUGAUUAUCGCGUAGACAAUGUCGUUGACGAAAGUUUUAAUAGAAAAGGCGAACGUAGCGCCGCCAGUGACGAGUAAUUCAACUAUCUGUUAACAUGGCGAACCGCACGGUAAAAGACGCGAAAUCAAUUCGCGGUACUAAUCCACAGUAUUUAGUGGAGAAAAUAAUAAGAUCUCGAGUUUACGAUUCGAAAUAUUGGAAGGAAGAAUGUUUCGCGCUAACCGCAGAGUUACUUGUCGACAAAGCCAUGGAAUUGAAAUACAUAGGCGGAGUUUACGGUGGCAAUGUAAAACCGACGCCAUUUCUAUGUUUAAUAUUAAAAAUGUUGCAAAUACAGCCAGAAAAAGAUAUCAUAGUAGAGUUCAUAAAGAACGAAGAAUUCAAAUAUGUCAGAGCUUUGGGUGCGCUUUAUAUGCGACUGACAGGUUCAUCAUUGGAUUGUUACAAGUAUUUAGAGCCUUUGUUCAACGAUAAUAGAAAACUUAGAAAACAAAAUAAGCAAGGUUUUUUCGAAUUGAUCCAUAUGGAUGAGUUUAUAGAUGAGCUUCUACGCGAAGAGAGAUCGUGCGACGUUAUUUUGCCAAGAAUCCAAAAGCGUCACGUUUUAGAAGAAAAUAAUGAAUUAGAGGCAAAAGUAUCGGCAUUGGAAGACGACAUGGAUGAAGGAAUUGAAACGUCAGAGGACGAAGAUAUACCUCCUGUCAAAGAAGAAAGCCGCAAAAGAACGGAAGAUCAUGAUAGAGACAGAGAUCGUCACAGAGACAGGGACAAGAGACAUUCUCGUUCGGAUAAAAAAUCGGAUAGGGAAAAGCAAAGGUCGCGAAGUAGAGAUAGAGAAAGAGACAGGAGAGAACGUAAACGAAGUAAAUCGCCUAAGACCCAUUCCUCCUCGCAUAAGGAUAAAGAUAGAGAUAAGGAUAGACAUAGAAGAGAUGACAGAGAUAGGGAUAGAGAUCGAGACAGAGAAAGAGACAGGGAUCGAAGAAGAGAUCGUGAAAGAGCUAGGCAUUGACUUGGCAAUUAUGCUGCGUGCUUGUAAGAUUUUCAUUGAUAUUAUUUACGAGAUAGGAUUAAAUAUAAAUUUCAUUUCUACGGUUGUUAUAUUUUCACUAUAUUCUCCAGUCUGACCAAUAACAGUAAUUGCAAACAUCGAUCUUAAUAGGUAUUAAAGUUCGCCGAUAGAAAUGCUACACAGUAGCUUACUUUUAUAUAUUUCCAAAUAACGAUCAUCCCCAAAUACAUUAUAUAACUUUUGUAUAUAAUAAUAUGUACAAAUCGUGUUUUUAAGAAAAGAAGAAGAGAAAAAUAAAUUCCACAUUGCAUUUAAGAGUUGCGUUCGUAUUUAUAAAUGUCAGCACGAGUCCGUCAAUGUUUGUAUAAAAAAUUAAAUACGAAUUCCAUAUUAAAAUGCAAUAUUGCAUUUUUUCCCCGGUACACGCACACGCACACGCGCACGCACACGCACACGCACACGCACACGCACACGCACACACUCAUACCAGAUAUUAAAAUAAAUGUCGUGUAGCCUAUCUAGAAAUACAAUCUCUGUGAUUAUUCAUCAUCAGGAAUAUAUACAUUUGCAUAGAAAUUCAUAUAUUUCUCAAUAGUUAUCGCUCUAAUUUAAUGUAACAAUUAAAAUAUAUCACUAUAUACUUAAAGAUAAUUGUAAAUAAUACAACUUCUUUCGACAAGGUGUUAGUGCAUCCAGGUACUUUUAACAAAAUGUGUUUUGGUGGCUUCAUAUUUAAGUAUGACCAAAACUACUGCGUUAAAAUUGCAGAUUGUCAUUAUUAUAUUUAUUAGAGGAAUCAU